CAGAAACACCGGUUCCCACAGCAGCCAUGGCAAGUGCUGUGCAUUCAGAGGGUGAGCAAGUGGUACCUGAUGAAGAAGGGCCUGAUGUGAAAGCAGUGCAAGCCCACUACCUCCGGAGUCCCUCUCCUGGCCGAUAUUCAGUGAUAUCAGACACAGACACUGAGAGCAUCUUCAUGGAGCCCAUACACCUGUCAUCUGCUGUUGCUGCUAAACAGAUCAUCAAGGAAGAGCUGAAGACAGAGGAGGGGAAAACAGACUCUGUGUGUCCAGGGAUGCUGGAAUCUGCAGAGCAGCUAUUUGUGGAAGACCUGUACAACCGGGUUAAGGAAAAGAUAGAUGACACUAGCUUGUUUAAUACACCCUGUGUCAUGGACUUGCAGAGGGCACUUGUGAAAGACCGGCUUGAGUCCCCAAGGAAUGCCAUUGAUGAGGUCUGGCCGAAUAUCUUCAUAGCAGAAAAGAGUGUUGCAGUGAAUAAAGGCCGAUUAAAGAGACUAGGAAUCACUCACAUCCUUAAUGCUGCUCAUGGUACUGGUGUGUAUACAGGACCAGACUUCUACAAUGGUAUGGAGAUCCAGUACUUGGGCAUUGAAGUGGAUGACUUCCCAGACGUGGACAUCUCUAAAUAUUUUCGCCAGGCUGCAGAGUUCCUUGAUGAAGCGCUUCUAACUUACAGAGGAAAGGUUUUGGUCAGCAGUGAAAUGGGAAUCAGUCGCCCAGCAGUGCUAAUAGCUGCUUAUCUGAUGAUCUUCCAUCACAUGACAAUAUUGGAAGCCUUGAUGACUAUACGUAAAAAGCGGGCCAUUUAUCCCAAUGAUGGCUUCCUAAAACAGCUCAGGGAGCUCAAUGAAAAGCUUCUGGAAGAACGAGAAGAGGAAGAUGCAGAAUACUCUGAUGAUGACACAACUGGUAGCCAAAGUUCUGUUAUUAGAGUUGGAAGCUGUUCCUUGCUUUCUGGGAGAGACGAUUCUGAGAGUAUUAUGGGAGCCAAAGUCCACUCUAUAAUGGUAGAGGAAGAAGACACGACAAGCCUCCUUGGAAGUGUAAUGAGUGGUUCCUCAAUGGGAAAAUCAAGCUUGGUUUCCAAACAGCCUACUCUUAUCAGUGAAGAGGAGGAGGACCAGCUCUAUGAAGAAUGGAAGAAGAAGCAAGGUUUCCCUGCAAGGGAGGUUUCAAACAAGGAUGGAGAAAGUAAACCUUCAGGUGCUCAGGCAGAAACUGAGGAGGACAUGGAUCAGAUGAUCCAAGAAUGGCAACGAAAAAAUGAGAGGUACCAGAGGGAAAGCGACUUGUUUCCCAGGGAAGAGAAUGAAGACUCUAGCAUGAGAGAAAGACCAUACCCUGGAAAUGAUAUAAGCGAUAAUGAAAGUGUGAGUAGCCAAGAGAUCAGGAUCUUGAAACAACAGCUGGAAGCAAGUGGCAUCAACAGAAUGAGGAGAGGGCGCACAGACUCCAUGUCCACAGAGAGCACCUGGGAUAUGUGGAAUGAGAGGAUGAUGGAGAUAGAAAGAGAAGCUGCUCAGAGAUAUAGUUCAAGACCGAGAUCUGGUGAUGAGACUCUAAGUCUUGAAAAUGGAACAAAGGUGAGAGAUCUAGAUGAAGAAAGUGUAUUGUCUGAUGCUAGCUCUUUUUAUAACUUCUGUCAAAAGAAUAAAGACAAACUGACCCCUCUGGAAAGAUGGAAGGUCAAGCGAAUCCAAUUUGGCUUUCACAAAAGAGAUUUGGAGGCUUCCAAGCAACCCAAAGUGGAAGAUAGCAGUGAAGAAAAUAAGGAAGCUAUGGAAGAAGAAAAGAACUCAUCAGAUAUUAACCUGACAGCUUACCAAGUCUGGAAGGCUAAGCACCAGAAGAAGAUUGGCAAUGAAAAUAAGGAUGAGAUUGUGGAGCUUGCUAAAGCUGAAGAUUCUGCUUCUGCCAGGAGAAAGCAGAGAAGAAUGGAGUUACUAGAACGCUCAAAGAAAAUUCUGGAAGAAAGCCAGUCUCUCUGCAGCUGGGAGGCAGAGAGCGCGAUGAGUGGAAGCAUCCCUUUGUCAGCCUUUUGGCCCCCAACAGCUUCUGUAAAUGGGGCAGAGGAUGCUGCCUCUGCACUGAGUAUGCAGACCAAUCACUCAUCCUUCUCUCAGACUAGGAGCAGUAGUGGGGCUGCACCAGCCCAUGCAGUAGCAGCUAAUAUGCCCAACCUCCCUCUUGGCCCAGAGGGCACUAUAUCGGUUGCUAGUAUUCAAAACUGGAUUGCCAAUGUUGUUAGUGAAACAAUUGCUCAGAAACAAAAUGAAAUCCUGAUGUUGUCUCGGCCAUCUUCAGUACUGAGUUGUAAUCUUAAGUCAAGUGAUCUGGGCCGACACAUGGAUGAUGACAAGACAUCUUUGCUUAGUGCACAGAGUGACUUGUCUCCAGCUAGUUCACUGCGUCACCGGCAGGAGACCCAGUAUACCGAUACUCAGUCCUUCCUGUCAUGUAACACCUCAACGAGUGGAAAGACAGGAGGAUCCUACUCAAGCAGGAAAGUGAUGCAGACAAGCAAGCCUUUUUACAGCCUUUUUGCUGAUGAAGUUGACCUAAAAAAGCUUAACAGAAAGGAAAAAGAGAUACAAAUGGAGGUGAGAGAGAAAAUGUCAGAUUACAAGACUGAGAAGCUUAUCAAUGACAAUAAACGUAGCACUUUAUUUAAGAAGAAAAAGAUAAAAGGGGACAACGAAGAUGAAAAUGAUAUAGAAAAUGCAAUGAAUGGUCUUAAGUACCCUUUGCAAGCAGAUCUCAACAGGAAUGAGACAGCUUCUGUUCUCUCAGGUCAGUUUUCCAGUGGUGGUGGUGAUGCUAUAAGAUCAGAGGUGGAGAACAAUGUAAACAAAUGGCUCAGAGGUCUAAAAACAGAAGAAAAGCCUUUUUACCAGGACUGCGCUGGUAGCAGUGACGAGAAAUACAGGAGAUCAUCCACAUUCAGAGAGGUAGACACUGAAACUUCUAGCUAUAGAAUUUCCAGAUCUCAAAAAGAAGAAAUGGAUAGUUCUUCAACUUACCAGUGUAAAGAUGACUUACAGAGAACUGCUUCACAAUUUUCCUCUACUUCUACAAAAGCAGGCAAGGAGGCACGUACAUUUACACGAUCAAGAUACUUCUCGAGUUCUCGAGAAGAAAGUCCAGAACCGCAGUUUUGCAGAACUCCAGAACCUUCCUCUAGCUCAGAAAGCUCUGAACCAUCAACUCGAAGUCGUAUCAGAUCACGCCACUUGGAAGAGCAUGAGGAGGAGUCCAGUUCAGACGUGGCUGAGUUCGGAGCCAAGAGAAAGUUCACCCAGAGCUUUGUAAAGUCUGAAGAGAAUGCAGAAAAAGAAGAAAAGAUAGAAGAAAAAAAAGAAGCUUUUGCAUCAAGGCAUUCAUUCAGACACAGGCAAAGUGUUCGUAAGGAAGAAGAAGAAAUGGAUGAUGAGGCCAUCAUUGCUGCUUGGAGAAAUCGGCAAGAAGAAACCAAAGCCAAGCUUCGGCGACGGAGAGAAGACAGUGAUGGACAGUGAGGCUGUGCCAGCUCCAUGCUGCUGCCUGUUUGAUGGAAAGCCUUUCAACCCUCUUCAGGAAAUCAAGACUCAGUGUUCUUAUUGUGAUCACCUUCCGUCACACUCUCUAUUUUCCACCCCACCACCAUUUAGUCCUACAGAUGUUCCCUUAUCAUUAAUUUCUAAAAUGAGAGAGGAAAGAGUAAUCAUAGCCUUUCAGAAAGAAAAAAGCAGGAUUGUUGAUGAUAUCCAACUCUUGAUGUACAGAAAUGUGUCAAGUGCUAUUUUAGAAAAACUGCUAACAAAAUUAUACAAAUUGACAAGAAAAGUCAAAGAAGACAUCAGAAGUCCAAAUAAUUUGCCUCAGAGAUGCAGCUUAUCCUGCUUUCUAAAAACCUGGAAGAGUCACUCUCUGUAUUCCUUUAGUUCCAUCAUUAGCUUGGAAAAAAUAAAUAGCCUUUACAAAAAAAAAUUGAACAUGUAGCUGUUUUAUAGUAUAUAUACCCUGCUCCCGUGUGCAAAGCACAAUACAACUUUCAAUAUUCCUUUCCUUCUAACUCUCAAACCACAGAGCUUUUUCCUUCUCUUGUGUAUAUCAGUACAGAGGAAACUACAGAGAGAAUAAAUGUAAUGUGUGUUCCCAUGACAACUUGUAACAGAGAAAAAUAUCAAUCAUCAGUCACAUGGGGAGACUUUGUUGAAGGAUUUUAAUUUUGUUUGCUAUAAAGGAAAUGAUACUAGAGAUGCAAUUUACCUUUGAAACAGAACUGUAGGUCUAGCCCUAUCAAGCAUAUGCUGCAGCUCUGGGUAUCCCUUUUAAAUGUAAAUUCAUCUAGGCUAUGUUGUGUUGUGUAGGGGAUACAAUCACUUGUACUGAAAUAUUCUGAGGUAAAAGAUAUUCAGCCCAUCUGCUUCUUUGCUGUGCAUAAACUGCAGAAGAGUUUUCUGAAAGUCAACUGGUCAGUGUAAAUCAGAUGACAAAGGCAGCUGCCUAUAAGAGCUUCAGGGUCAAGCCUGUAUGGCUGAUCUGACCAACAAGCAUCCUGGAUUGGUCGAACAGACCAUUUCAUUUCAGAUUGCCUGUGGAGAAUCUCAUUCUGUUAAAACUGCAAGUACUUUGCAAUCAGAAAACUAGCACAACAAAAAGUGCUCUAGGCCACAACCUUUUCUUCUGAUGUGUGCAGCUUUUUAAAAAUUCUAAAUUUGCUGGGAGCUUGACGGAUAAAGAGAAAUAAAAAAGAAUGUCCCCGCCCCAACACCUGCAACCUAAAGUGGUUGCCGUGAAGGACUGGCUGCAAGUUCAAGGAGCUCUUUGACAAAGUGGGUCCCUUCUACCUUGCUGACUCCCUGGCCCUGGGCUUAGCUAGCAGCAGGAGGUGAAUAUAGAGCUUCAUUUUCAAUUUCCCAUGAUGCCCCAGUGUAGCAUUGGGCAUUGUGGAAAAUGUUAAAUGCCAUUUGUCAACCAAGUCACAUAGUACAGGGAGCACAGGGAAGGUGUCUGCACCUGUGGGCCCUACCUGGACACUGGAUCCACAGCAGCUGCCCAAAGGUGCUGGGUGCUGCUUCUAGGUUUUGUGCAGGCUACUCUACCAUUUCAGUAUCCUGUCAUUUCAUUCUUCUGCAAGCAUAUUAGAUUAGAGUCUCAUUCCCAAAUCAUUUUUUCUUUCCAAAAAUGCAAAUAACAUUCCUUUUUUUCUGCUUCCCUG